AUGGAUACAACUUGCUUUUCUGAAAGCAUUUAUAACCUCAUACCCAUUGACUGGAAGGAGCCUCCCCAGCCUCCUAGGUACAUAUCCAUUUUUAAGACAUCUGUAAAAGAGGACAUGCAAAAACAUAAAACUGCAAUGAAGACUAUGGGACCACCAAAAGUUGAAGUACCUUCUCCGAAGGAUUUCCUGAAGAAACAUUCAAAGGAAAAAACUCUACCACCUCAAAAAAAGUUUGAUCGGAAUGAGCCCAAAAAGCCUCCCGUGCCACUGAGGACUGAGCAUCCGGUCAUGGGAAUACAGAGUGAAAAAAAUUUUAUAAAUACAAAUGCAGCCGAUGUCAUCAUGGGAGUGGCUAAAAAGCCUAAGCCAAUUUAUGUUGACAAAAGAACUGGAGACAAGCAUGAUCUUGAAACCUCUGGACUAGUUCCAAAAUACAUCAAUAAAAAGGAUUAUGGCAUCACACCAGAAUAUAUAUGUAAGCGAAAUGAGGAAGUUAGGAAAGCCCAAGAAGAAUAUGAUAAUUAUAUCCAGGAAAACCUUAGGAAAGCAGCUAUGAAAAGGCUGUCUGAUGAAGAAAGAGAGGCCGUUCUGCAGGGGCUGAAGAAGAACUGGGAGGAGGUGCAUAAGGAGUUUCAGUCCCUCUCGGUGUUCAUCGACUCCAUCCCAAAGAAGAUCCGCAAGCAGAAGCUGGAAGAAGAAAUGAAGCAACUGGAACAUGACAUCGGUGUCAUCGAAAAGCACAAAAUUAUUUACAUCGCCAAUAAGAAGUAAUAGAUUAAAAAAAAAUGGAGUCAUUUUAACAUAGGGGAAAAAGGUGAAACUUUGCCUUUCAAAGGGGAAAAUACUAUGAAGAGAAUAAAAAUAGUUUUGACCAAAAUGCUGAAGCAAUGAUUAAAGGGUAAUCGAAUUAUUCUACUGACGUGAGAGAAAAAUGUUUUUUCACCAGCGUUAGGUUUUCCACAUAUAAAUGGAAGUUUGAUGUGGCGUGUUCCAGUCUCUGGGUGAUCCAUUACUUUCACACACUUGUUUCCCAGAAACAUUCAUUUCUGGGUGCUGAAGAAUAAAGUCAGCUCUCAGAACUUCAAAUUUUUUCUAUUCUGAUGAUACAAAGAGCACAACAUUAAAAACCGUGUAGAAUUCUGAAUUGGACUUAGUGGUGUAUGCUUUCUUCCUACUCCCAUGCUUUCUGCACAUUGCUUAAGAUUCCCACACAUUUAACAGCAAGCAAUUUCCUUUUUUCUUUUUUUAAAAGAUU